ACCAAUUACCGGGCCGGUCUGCGCGCUGCCCCGCCGGGCGUGUUUUCCUGGGCGGCCUCAGCUCUCAGCUCUCUGCUCUCUGCUCUGCCAGGACAGUCAGCGCUCAGUCAGCACUCAGCGGGACAAACAGCGCACAGCACACACAACAUCAAGUCAACAAUGGGCUCCUCUCGGGCUCUGGUCUGCUCCACCGCGUUUGUGUUGGUUCUGCUGAGCUCAGCGUCCCAAGAUGAGCACAACGAUGGGCAGCGUGAACUCACCUUUGACCAUGACAAAACCCGGCAAGAGAUGCAACAGCCUGAUUCAUUCAUGUUGCAGAGACCACUGGACUUGUCAGAGAUGUUGAGCCCUGAAGAAAUACAACAAAUGAUGUAUCAGAAUCCAUUGGAUCAUGAAGGGAAUCCCAUGUCACCUGCACAACGCCGAUCAAGAUUUCGGCCCCGUUCCUAUGGUGCGCUUCCCGCGCGGCAAUAUCCUGUUCAGUUCCCCCUCGCCCGGCCGUCCUCUGACAAUCUCCCAGCCAUCUGUCUCCACGGAGACCAGCGUCCCCUCUACCCAGGCUCUUACUUUCCUCCCUCUGGUUUUGGCCAGCUGAGGCGAAAGGCCAGGGCUGUCAAUAAUGCGGAGUCCUGGUUCAGGUCAUGUUGCCAACAGAAGGAGACAUCUGGGGAGGAAGUUACGCUGUGUUGCGCCACACAGGCGUGGGAGCUGUCGGUCAAUUCCUUCUGUGAGGAGGACGGAUCAGUAAAGGAUCUUCUUUAUGAGUGCUGCUACGACAGAGGCAGUGAUAGGUUUAACUGCUUUGACAGCGACGCUCCAAACCCAAGCUACGGGCCUACAGAGGAGCUGCCAGUGCCACCGCUCCCCUCCACCUCCACCGACAGCUUCAGCUUUGACCCCAACACUUGCCAGGGCCAGAGGACUGUGAUGACUCCUUAUGCCGUCAGAGAAAGCAGAAGAAAGAAGGUGAAGAAACCAUUUACUUCCCAAAAAGUUGACAUCAGCUUUCCUCCUGGACGGCCCACAGCUGACACCAUUGAGUCACUGUGUAACAACCAGAAGCUACGGCCCCUCUAUACUGUCAAGUGCCUGCCCGGGUCGGGCUUCGAGCUGCUGGCUCACCAGGCAAAGAGCGUGAAUCGUAUUGAGAAAGGAUUCAAACAGUGCUGCAAAAAGAAGCAGGGUGCGCUCAAAUGUGCCGACCAGAAGUGGCGUGAAGAGCUUGACAAGUUUUGCGUGGGCGAGAAAGGCGGACAGGUGGAUUUCCACUGUUGUUCCGCGGCUGAGGGGGAAAAUGAUCGAUAUGACUGUUUCCAAUCAACUUCUCCCGACCCACAUUACAAUAUGACAACCCCCACUGAGGAGCUCUCACUGAGCAAGAUCUGUGACACUCACAAGAUCAUCAAGAAGAAGUUCCCUGUCGGUUUUCCUCUCAAGAGCUUUGUGAGCCAAUGCUGCCCCCUGCCUGAACAAGACAAGGCCUCUUGUUUUGUGCAGAUGCUGAGGGAUAAGUCAGAGAAGCUGUGUUCGUCAAAUAAGGCUUCCCCUCCAGCUGUCCGCCGCUGUUGUCGCACCUCCUCAGAAGAGUCUCCACAGUGUAUCUCGAAAAUUCUCAUGGAUGCUGUCACCAAGGCAACCAAUGUCUUACGCCAAAAGAAGAAGAAAAGGUGCCCUCUCUCCUAAAUCCUCGGCACUGGGACCACUCAAGGAAUCAGCAAGCUAGCAGCAGGAGUGGCCUAAAAUCACUAAAGAGGAACAGUCAUUCCGGCACAAAUCUAAUUUAGAGGUCUAUGAAAUUAUUCAAACUGUGGACCAAAUUUUAGCUUUAUCUACUUCAUUUGAGAUCACAUUGUUAUCGCGAGAUUACACUCAUAAAGAAAUACUAAUAUUGUGAAUGCUUAGUCUGUCAGAGGGACUGUUGUCUGUGUCACACCACUAUUUUUAUGGGCUGUUUUUUUUGUUUUUGUUUUUUUUUUUACACAUUUGAUUAUAAAUGCAUUUUGUUUUAUUCAUUUGGAGCUGCAAGAUCAGUUCACUUCUUUUUAUAUGGGUUUGUGGCUCUCUACAACAGCUCUAAUAAAACAUUUUACAAACAC